AUGCGCGCAGUGUUCGCGGCGCUGGACGCGGACGGCGACGGGGUGAUCUCCGCGGACGACCUCCGCGCGUACUCAGCCCAGCGCGGGCUCCCCGCGGGGUACGCGCUGGAGUUCGUGAGCCGCGCGCAGCAUGGGCGGAGGGGCGCGGAGGAGCAUUUAUACGGGGAGUGGCGGACGGAUCCGCAGGGUUUGCGCAACGGCUUGUCCGGUGGCGGAUGGAACGGCGCGGGGUCCGCGGCGGGGGGGCUUCAGGCAGGCGGAAUGGCGGGAGCUGGCAUCGGCGGAAUGCCGAUUUUGGGAGGGGGGGAAGGAGUGGCGUCAUGCGGACAGGCAGGGUCAGGCGGAGCGAGCGGAACGGGCGGAACGAGGGGAGGCAAUGUGGCGCUGUGCCUCGCGUCAGCGGGGUUUGCGGCGUCGUCCUCCCAGGCGCUCCCGCCGUUGGACCUUCCGGCGCUGCUCUCCUCUGCGGCGCAGCAGCUUCAGCGCGGGCUGGGCUCGGCGCGCUUGCACCUCAGCAGCCUCAGCAGCGGCGGAAACGGCGGAAUCGGCGGAAGCAGCGGAAUCAGCGGAAGCGGCGGCGGCUGCGGCGGCGGAAUCGGCGGCGGCGGCGGAGUGUCGUAUGCAGCAUUCGAGGAGUUCGUGGAUGCGAGGGACAGGGUCCUGUGGGACUCGUUUAGAUGCAUGGACAGUAACGGGGAUGGCCGCGUGUCGCAAGCGGACCUGGAGCGCAGCAUGAGGGACCUCGCGUCCCGUUGCAACCACGCUGCUUCUGCCAACCCCAUCAGCACUGCCGGUAACACUGCCAACGUCACCACCACCACUACCAACCUAACUGCUGGCAGCUGUACUCAAUCCAGCAGCAGCACUCAGACCAGCAGCAGCAGUACUCAUAGCAGCAGCAGCAGCAGCAGCAGCAGCAGCAGCAGCAGCAGCAUCCGCGCAAUGGGGUUGGGACAGCCGUGCACUGUGGAUUCAGUUGGGAGGACUUGUAGCGGGAAGAUGGUGAGAGCGGUGCAGCAGCAGCCUGUUCCGCAGCAGCAGCAGCAGCAGCAGCAACAGCAGCAGGAGAAGGCAGUUCUGCAGCAGGUUAGGCAGCAGGCGCGCAGAGGCGCUGCUGCCGGGGAUCCCUUGUCUCAAUCCGUAUCAUUCGAGGAGUUUCGGGACUACUUCACUCUUCUCCCCACGUCCAACCAUCUAUUCGACUAUUGGAUCUCAGCCUCCUGCCCGCUCGCCUGCCACGCUCCCUCCGCACCACAACCCUUCAAAGCGCGACAAGCACUUGAGGGGGCUUCAGCAGUAGUAGGCACGGCUGCCACAGCUGCCACUGCGGGAAAUGUGUUUAAAAGGAAGGUUCCACGAAGGGGGUCUUUGAGGAGAACUAGCAGCGGCAAUAGCAGUAGCAGCAGCAGCAAGGGUGCCAGCACAGGCGGCAGCAACGGCGGCGGCGGUGGCAGCAGGAGAAGUAAAGGGGCGGGCGGCGUGUGGCGGCAUCUAGUGGCGGGCGGCAUGGCAGGAGCUACCUCCCGCACCGUGACAGCCCCUCUGGAAACUCUCCGCCUGCGCAUGAUGGUUUCGUCCGAACAUGGGCUGCUGCAAACAUGCUCUCAAGUGUGGAGCGAGGCGGGCUGGAGAGCCUUUUUCCGCGGCAACAUGGUGAACGUGGUGCGCUCCGCCCCUCAGAAAGCAAUAGACUUCUUUGCAUUCGAGGCCUUCAAGCAAGCAAUUGCCACCGUCUUCCCCACGGGCCCUGCGGGACUUCAGGUGGUGACAGCGGGUGCUUUAGCAGGUGCCACGUCCACCCUGGCGCUCUACCCUCUCGACGUGGUCAGGAGCCGCCUCACUGUUGCCGCCCGCUCCCAGUACACAGGCAUUACUCACGCCCUCACAACCAUAGCCAGGACAGAAGGCGUCCCUGCGUUGUAUAGACGCCUGGGAGCCUCCCUCCUCUCCAUCCUACCAGAGGCCGCCAUCACAUAUGGCUGCUUCGACCUGCUCAAGACCGCUCUGCACCGCUCCACCGGCCGCACCGUGGGAGUGCUGCCCGCCCUGGCCUGUGGCAUGGUGCUGUUUGUCACACCCACUCACUCUCUCUUUCUCCGUUCUCCCAUCCCCCCUCCACCCCACUUCCACCCUUCGCUCCCACAGUACAAAGGCAUUGGCCAUGCCCUCACCACGAUAGCAAAGACAGAAGGCGUCCCAGCACUCUACCGAGGCCUGGGCGCGUCCCUCCUCUCCAUCCUACCAGAGGCCGCCAUCACAUACGGCUGCUUUGACCUGCUCAAGACCGCUCUGCACCGCUCUACUGGUCGCACCGUUGGCGUGCUGCCCGCCCUGGCCUGCGGUGUCGCCUCCGCUUUCACCGGCCAGCUUGUCGCAUACCCUCUCGAGCUCGUUGCCAGACGCCUGCAGGUCUCUGCCGGUGCUUCUGGUGCAGUUGCAGCAGGGGCGACGAAGCAGAAUCUGGUUACCGUUACCAAGGCGAUUCUGGCGGAACGGGGGGUGGCUGGGUUGUACCAGGGUAUUGUGCCGGCCUCCCUCAAGGUCAUUCCCAUGGCGAUUGUGAGCUUUGGAGUGUAUGAAUCGGUGAAGUUUGCUCUGGUGCAGUUAGCUGAGCAGGAGGAGGGGUGGAGGGAGGAGAGGGAGAGGAGGCGGGAGGAGGAGGAGGGGAGGAGGAGGGUUGUGUGGGCGGCAGAGGGGGAGCGCACUGCUGGUGGUGUGAUGGUGGUGUGGAUGCUCCGAUGGGUGUAA